GCGGAGCGGGCUGGAAGGCGGGCCUUGGCUGCUGUCAGGGUUGGGUGCGCCGCAGAACGGAUGGCAGGGGGAGCAGAGUGGGUUCCUGAGGAGCAUCCGUAGGGUAUUUGAAUAUUGUCAGCUGCUACCUAUUGAUGACAAGAUGACUAAGCUUGGAUUUUUGCGAUUGUCCUAUGAGAAGCAGGACACACUUCUAAAGCUUCUCAUCCUGUCGAUGGCUGCUGUGCUAUCUUUUUCUACUCGUCUUUUUGCUGUGCUGAGAUUUGAAAGUGUCAUCCAUGAGUUUGAUCCGUACUUUAAUUAUCGGACCACCCGGUUUCUGGCUGAGGAGGGGUUUUAUAAAUUCCAUAACUGGUUUGAUGACCGGGCUUGGUACCCUUUGGGCCGAAUCAUUGGAGGAACAAUUUACCCAGGCUUAAUGAUCACUUCUGCUGCGAUCUACCAUGUGCUCCAUUUCUUCCAUAUCACCAUUGACAUUCGGAAUGUCUGUGUUUUCUUGGCUCCUCUUUUCUCCUCCUUCACCACCAUCGUUACAUACCACCUUACCAAAGAGCUCAAGGAUGCAGGAGCUGGGCUUCUUGCUGCUGCCAUGAUUGCUGUAGUUCCUGGGUAUAUUUCUCGAUCUGUAGCUGGCUCCUAUGAUAAUGAAGGCAUUGCUAUCUUUUGCAUGCUGCUUACAUACUACAUGUGGAUCAAGGCAGUGAAGACUGGUUCCAUCUAUUGGGCUGCCAAGUGUGCCCUUGCUUAUUUCUAUAUGGUCUCUUCAUGGGGAGGCUAUGUGUUCCUGAUCAACCUGAUUCCUCUCCAUGUUCUGGUGCUAAUGCUCACAGGCCGUUUUUCUCACCGGAUCUACGUGGCCUACUGUACUGUGUACUGCCUGGGCACCAUUCUUUCUAUGCAGAUCUCCUUUGUCGGCUUCCAGCCUGUCCUUUCAUCAGAACACAUGGCAGCCUUCGGAGUGUUUGGUCUCUGUCAGAUCCAUGCUUUCGUAGAUUACCUGCGCAGCAAGUUGAAUCCACAGCAAUUUGAAGUUCUUUUCCGGAGUGUUAUCUCCCUGGUUGGCUUUGUCCUCCUCACCGUGGGAGCUCUCCUCAUGCUGACAGGCAAAAUCUCUCCCUGGACAGGGCGUUUCUACUCUUUGCUGGAUCCCUCUUAUGCUAAGAAUAACAUCCCCAUUAUUGCGUCUGUGUCUGAGCACCAGCCCACCACCUGGUCCUCCUACUAUUUUGAUCUACAGCUUCUUGUCUUCAUGUUUCCAGUUGGCCUCUAUUACUGCUUUAGCAACCUGUCUGAUGCUCGGAUUUUUAUCAUCAUGUAUGGUGUGACCAGCAUGUACUUUUCAGCCGUAAUGGUGCGUCUAAUGCUGGUAUUGGCACCUGUUAUGUGCAUUCUUUCUGGCAUUGGGGUCUCCCAGGUGCUGUCCACAUAUAUGAAAAAUCUGGAUAUAAGUCGCCCAGACAAGAAGAGCAAGAAGCAACAGGAUUCUACUUACCCUAUUAAGAAUGAGGUGGCAAGUGGGAUGAUCCUGGUCAUGGCUUUUUUUCUCAUCACCUACACGUUUCAUUCGACCUGGGUAACCAGUGAAGCCUAUUCUUCUCCCUCCAUUGUCCUGUCUGCUCGUGGUGGGGACGGCAGCAGGAUUAUUUUUGAUGACUUCCGAGAAGCAUAUUAUUGGCUUCGUCACAAUACUCCAGAGGAUGCAAAAGUCAUGUCAUGGUGGGAUUAUGGCUACCAAAUUACUGCAAUGGCAAAUCGGACAAUUUUAGUGGAUAAUAACACUUGGAAUAAUACCCAUAUUUCUCGGGUGGGGCAGGCAAUGGCAUCCACAGAAGAAAAAGCCUACGAAAUAAUGAGGGAGCUUGAUGUCAGCUAUGUGCUUGUCAUUUUCGGAGGCCUUACCGGGUAUUCUUCUGAUGAUAUCAACAAGUUUCUUUGGAUGGUCCGGAUUGGAGGAAGUACAGAGACAGGAAGACACAUCAAGGAGAAUGACUACUAUACUCCAACUGGGGAAUUCCGUGUUGAUCGGGAGGGUUCUCCGGUGCUGCUCAACUGCCUUAUGUACAAGAUGUGUUACUACCGCUUUGGGCAGGUCUACACAGAAGCCAAGCGUCCACCAGGCUUUGACCGCGUUCGAAAUGCUGAGAUUGGUAAUAAGGACUUUGAGCUUGAUGUCCUGGAGGAAGCAUAUACCACAGAACAUUGGCUGGUCAGGAUAUACAAGGUAAAGGACCUGGAUAAUCGAGGCUUGUCAAGGACAUAAAUGUCGUAUUGUGCCCUGAUAUGCUUCGCACUGAGCGCGUCAUGUUGAGGACGCUGAAGAUUUUUUUUAUAUGCAGUUUAUAAGAACAGUCGGAUGGGAUUAGAAUUGUCUGGAAGUUUUGCCCUGGACAGUAUGGACUGGGCCAAGUGAAAUGAUUUUUAUAAUUCUGAGCAGGCUACCAAAUGAAAUGUUAUGGCUUUACUUUGGUCAUUUAAAAGUGGGGGGGGGGAUUUUUUUUAAAUGUGCCUUAUUUGUUUUGACUUAAAUUGGCUGAUAUGAGGAUCACAGAAGUGAACGGAUGGAAGACCAUAUCCAUGCUUUAGGUCCCCAAAUAAACCAAAUAGGAGCAUUUUUUUUCUCCUAUCAGCAAACUCAAGGACUAGCUCUGGUUCUACAAAUACAAACAACUUUGUCACACUUUUUCGUUUUUUAGCACCCAGGUACAAUGCUUUCCAUAUAAUGGGUGCUUAAUAAAUUUUAUCAAAUGAAUAAAUGUUUCUGGGACCAGGGGAGUGCUGUUUUUGGGCAAGAAAGACAGCUUUCUUGCCGUUAUGUCUAUGUUCUUGAUGUCUAUUUCUUUAGAAGCUCUUUGGCUUUAUAAUGACAGAAAGUUGCUGAGUAUUCCUGAUCUCUCCAAUAUCCUUUCAAAUUAAUGACAGUUAUUCUUUUUCUAAGGAGAAUGUGAACCAAAAGUGACUAAUCCAGUAGUUCUUAAGACUCAGUGAAACAUAUCAAUCUUAGAGGAAGACGCUCCUCCAACAUCAGAUUGAUGAUCAGUAGAUGUUUCUGGAAUCAGAUGUAAUUAUGUGCAACUAUAUGAAAUUUAGGUAUUAAUACUUCACUAAACCUGAAACACAGUAAAUGGCUCUCUGCUCAUUUUCUUUAGACGGCACUAAAUCUCUUCGGGUUAUCCGCCGUGAGCUUCUGUUUUUCUUAGUGUCAGUCUGCUGUGUUCAUGUACCACUUGAGGCUUCAUUACUUGGUUUUGAGUCCCUUGCUAAAUAUAUACAUAGGAAGUGAGAAGUGUUGCUACUAGCAGGUACUUUGAUACCAUUGCCAGUCUGACUUCAAGAAAAGAGACUUUAAAAAUGUUUUAACUACAAAGCACAGAGAUCCCAUAGAUAUUUUGUGUCAGGAUAAACAGCUUUUUGUUCUGUAUAAUAGGAUAUUUCAUGUAUUUUACAACAUAGGACAUAAUCACUGAUGUAUAUAAAAUGUCUUAAAAUAAUUAUAGUGUUUCUAUUUAAGAAAACAGGAGGAAUUAUAUGACUUUUAGAUAGUCACAGUGGUACUCAAUGCAUAUAUGCUUAGGUGUACUUGUAUACCUAAGGGCUUCUCCUUCAAACCAGUUUAUGUACUGUGUAUUUUAACUGUGGUUGAAAUUUAGAUUUAACAUGAUUUGAUAUCCUAUAUGUAAAUACAUUAUUUGAUUUAUAUACAGAACUACUGCCUGGUGGGAAAGGUUAACCUGAGACUUAUCAAUAUGAUUAAUAUUACAGGUUAUUAGUAAGCUUUCUCUAGAUUAUAAAUGGGAUACCCCCUUUUCACAUCAUUUUGACUCCUGGGAUCUUGAUAUUUUCUAGUCUACAAAGGUUUCUUUUUGAAAUUGAUUUCAUUUUCAGUUAUAGUCCACUUAGUGUAAAAAAAAAAAUCUCAAAAGCAACCAUUUCCGAGACACGCCCACCCACAGUCCCCAGAGACUCCUUCCAGCUCUGGUGAACCGAGUUGUGCCUCCUGCCUGAUCUUAGUAACUGGCUUUGUUAGGCGUUGGUGCUUUAGUUUGAAGUAACAUUGAUUUAUAUCAGUGGCUCUCAACAUUGUAGGUCAUGUUCUCUUUGGCAAACCUUUAUCUACAAAAAUAUUUAGAUUGCAAUUCAUAACAGCAACAUUUUAGUUAUGAAGUAACAAUGAAAAUGAAAAUGAUUUUAUGGUUGGGACAUCACCACAAGAUCACGAACUGCAUUAAAGAAUUGCAGCAUUAGGAAGGUUAAGUACCACUGCCUUAUAUUUUGUGACACCAUUUUUACUAUCAAGUUACAGUUGUAAUUACCUGGUCUUUUUCUUUUUUCUUUCUUUCUUUUUUUUUUUUUUUUUUAAUUUUACCUUCUGGCUGUUCUCAGUUAAAAUGUGUUACUUUUGGUGUUUGUUUUGUUUUGUUUUGUUUUUAAAGUCUGUUCCAUGUAGCUCGGGCCAGCUUUGAACUCAAGAUACAGAUGAGGCUAGCUUUGAACUUUUGAUCUUCCUGCCGCUACCUCCCAGUUGUGGGCUACUACAGCUAGUUACUAUUUUUCCUAUAUAAUUUUUUAAAGGAAAUAAUUUGAUUUUUGGUCCUUGUUAUCUCUCCUACUCCUUUACCACUCUAGCUAGUUCUCCUGCAUUUGUGCCUAUUUUCUCUUACUGUGAUCAAACACAUUCAUGAAACAAUUUUGGGUGUUUUGAGACAGUAUCUUUUGUAGCUAGGGCUGACUCUGAACUCCUGAUUCUUCUGCCUCUAUUUGCCAAAUGCUGGUAUUAAGGUGUAUGCCACCAUACCUAAUUGGGUUUAUUUUAAGAAUGUCUUGAUUUUUCAGCUUGAAAUAACUUCUUGUUUGUUGAAUUAUUUCAUUGUUGUACUUGUUGAUCUUUGCCAUUUUCAUUGAUUUGCAAAUUCUUAGUACCUUCUUAUAUGCAAGGGGAACACAUUUCUGGAGCUCUUGUAUAUCAUACUCAAUACAUAGCUGGGUAUAGCAUUCCAGACUCACACUAUUUAAAGUAUAAAGGCACUGGCCCAUUUUCCUAAUGCUGAGAAUGGCAGUUAUUUGAUGAGUAUUUGUCUGUUCUUUGCCCCAGAUCUUUUUGUUGCAUUUUUGUGAGUGUUCACUGUGGUGGGUACUCUGGAUUUUCAUAUGUGCAUAGUCAAAUUUUUCUGUUUUUUUUUUUUUUUUUUUUGAAAAAAGUUUUAUGUAGAUUCCUCCAACUCUCUGAUAAGGCUAAUUAAAACUUUCAAAUUUUAGGCAACAGUAUGACACUUUAAAUACUGUGUUUGGGUGUUUUACCUACAUUUAUGUGCAUCAUGUGUAUUCUUGGUGCCAAAGGAAUCCAGAGGAAGGCAUCAGAUUCCUGGAACUGGAGAUAUAGACAGUUGUGAGCUGCCAUGUGGAUGCUGGAAAUUGAACCCUUUGGAAGAACAGACAUUGGUUUUAACUGUUGAAUUCACCCCCCAGUCCAUGAUAAAGUUAUUUGAAUGUGGGACUUUCUGAGUCAGUUUUCUAAGUUUCUUAGUUGCUUUUCUUUCUUCUACCUUUUGGGAGAUUUCAUCAGCUGUGUUUGUGGUCUUGCUGUUUUCCCC